AUGGCGACUAUCACUAUUUGGGGGGCUUUCAGAACCAACGCGUGUUUCCUUAAGGAGCUUCCUUGGCCUUCCCGCGCUCUUUGCUAUCACGGCUGCUUCCUGUCGUUGGCAGCGGCUCUUCGUGCCUUCAGCUCCGUGUGCGACCUCUUGGUGCCUGGCCAGGGUGUGAUACUGAUCGGCUUGCAGACGCCCUUGGGACAGCAGCUCAACGGCACCCACGCGGUGGUGCAGCACUUCCAUGCUCAGACCGGCCGCUUCGCCGUGUGCUUGAAGGAGGGAGAUCCUCCAUGUGAGUGGAAGAAGAUCAGGCCACAGAAUCUACAAGCUGACGCGGAUCCUUCUUCGGCCUCAUCGAUUGCUUUGCAGGGUGCCAGAGAAUGUGG